CAUGCUUUUAUUCUGAAAUGUGUAACCGGUAGUGACGUUGCCUCCGGGCCGCGCUGGUGGCGGAUGACGCUGAAGCGACCAGCAGACCGAACAACCUCUGCUUCAGACCGCACGCAGCCGGGACCGAGAGGGACUACUUCUUUUGGACUUUGGACUUUUUUUUUCUCAUAAUUUGUAGAAAUUUGGUCUAAUAAAAAAAGACAACUAACCCAGAACUGUUAUAUUUAGUUAAAUUAAUAAAAAAAAAAAAUGAGAAAGUUUUUGUUGCUUUUGCUGGUGUGUCUGCCCGCGGAGGGUUAUUCUUAUUACUCUGGAGCGGAGGCUGCGGAGCUUCUCUCCCCGGGCAGAGCGCCUCCCGGCCGGGCUGCGCGUCACAGAGUCGUCCGCCGCGGAGCAGUCAAGGAUGGAACUCUCAGGAAAGUAGAUCCGGCCGGUUUCUUCACCACCACCACAGAGCGGACUCUCACCUCCGCCGCGCCGGGAAACAGCUCCUCUCCCCCGGGGCCGCUCGACCCUCUGUUCCCGGUGACGGACGGGUCCUACUGGGCCUACGUCAUCGUGCUGGUGGCGCUCACGCUGUUCGCGGCGGGCCUCGUGGGCAACCUCGCGCUCAUGUGCAUCGUGUGGCACGACUUCUACCUGAAGAGCGCGUGGAACUGCGUGCUGGCCGGGCUCGCGCUGUGGGACUUCCUCGUGCUGUUCUUCUGCCUCCCCGUGGUCGUCUUCCACGAGAUCACGCAGAUGAGGUUGCUAGGCGACCUGUCGUGUCGGCUUGUGCCGUAUCUGGAGGUGGCCUCUCUGGGCGUGGCCACAUUCAGCCUCUGUGCUCUGAGCAUCGAUCGCUUCCACGCUGCCACCGGCCCCGGGCCCUUCAACACGCCUCGGGUUGAGUCCUGUCAGUCCAUCCUGUCCAAGCUGUCCGUCAUCUGGGUGGGCUCCAUGGUGCUGGCGGCCCCCGAGCUGCUGCUGUGGCAGCUCGUCCAGCACACCGGCCGGCAGCGGAGCCAGCCCGGAGACUCUCUGAUGGCCACCUUAAGGGCCCGAAAAGGAGCGUUUAAGAAUGACGUCUGCGUCCGUGAGCCGUCUGCGGAUCUCCCAGAGGGCGUCUACUCUCUGGUGCUGACCUACCACGAGGCCCGCAUGUGGUGGAUCUUCGGGUGCUACAUCUGUAUGCCGCUGCUCUUCACUCUGGCCUGUGACUUGGUGACCAGGCAGGUGUUGGCCCAGCGUCUGCCGCAGAAACCCGCCGGUGACAAGGUGACCGGCAGAUUCUCCCCAUCCUCCUCUUCCUCGUCGUCCUCCACCUCGAAGAAAAAGCAGCACACCAGAGAGCAGAGGCUUCGCUCCACCGUGAUGGCGCUCACCGCCUUGUACAUCACGUGCAACCUGCCGGAGAGCGUUUGUAACAUCACGCUGGCGUACGUCUCGGCCCACGUGUCCGCCACUCUUCCUGCUCUGGCUCUGCCGGCCAUCAGUCUGAUCGGACAGUUCCUGCUGUUCCUGCGUUGCUCGGCGUCGCCGGUGUUGCUGCUGUGUCUGUGCCGCUCGCUGGGCCAGGCCUUCAUGGACUGCUGCUGCUGCUGCUGCGAGGAGUGCCUCCCCAACGGCAGCUCCUACUCGUCCUCAUCCGCCUCCACCGCCGCCACCUCCAACCCGUCGUCGCCGACAUCGCCGUCUCCGACCUCCAUGUCCCCAUCCGGCAAAGACGAGACGAUGAAGAGCCUGUUGGCGACGGAGACAACGGUCUGCUACGACAAGGCGAAAGACUCUUCAAAAGCCAUCGGGACGCCCUGCUGAGGUCCAGAACUGCAUUAAAGGAACAUUUAAGUUUAUUACUACUUGGGUCUUAUUUUUGUAGUUUUGUCCAUCAUUUCUAUCAGUUAUAAGAAUAUUAUACUGACAAAGUUAAUAGCAGAGAUCUGGUGAUUUCACUAAUAAUACAUAUGACGAGUCGAGAAACACGAGCAGAGAAGUUGGAGACAAAAGUGUUUGGACACCUCUGUCUCAUUCUGUUUGUCCUGGUUUAGUUUAGGUCUUUUAGUCCCUAUGAAUGGGGAUCUUUAUGCUGCAGUAUCCACUAUAUUUUAGUGCUUCCAACUUUGUGCCAACAGAUCGUGUUUGUUCCUUGUCCCGUUUCAACAUGACUAUGCCCCUUGUGCAGAAAAGCCAGGUCCAUUAAGAAAUGUUUUUCCCAGUUUGGUGUGGGAGAACUCGACUGGUCUGCACAGAGUCCUGACCUUUUACGUCAUCCAACAAAUUUGGGACGAACUUGAACUCGGACUGUGAGCCAGACCUCAUGAUCAAUACUAUCAGUGUUGAACCUCUCAGAGGAGUGGAGGCUGUUAAAGCAGCAGAUUAUUGACAGUGGUUUUGGAAUCACUUGUUGAUCUUGCGUACUUAGUUAUGUAGAGUAUCUAAACCACUUCAUCAGGCAACAAAACGUGUUUAAUUUGAGUCCGUAAAAUGUGUUGUCUCGUUUUCUCUUCCAAAUGAAGCUGGUUUAAUUUACAGAUUUGUCUGAUCGUCGUGUGUGUCUCGACCUGCAUCAGAUCUUAGCUCCUAGCUAUUAACUUGUUGAGUACAAUGUUACUAUAACUGAUAGAAAACCUGAGUUGUAAUAGAUUUGAAUCUUGAUCCUUUCAUCUUAGUCUGUAUGAACUUUAGAGCCACUGCAGGAGCAGAAACUUGUCUGAAUAGAAUUAGAUGAUUAUAUACACUGUUUUGUUUUUUGUAAGGGUGUUUAGUGUUGUAAACAUUUGAUGGAUUUAAUCCUGUUUUUGUAGUACUCAUAAUUGUUGUACAGUUUUUAUAUGAAACGUGUUAUAGUUAUUAAUAAUUCUGUAAUGCUCAAAUAGGAUGUUAGUAUUAUCUGCUCUGAGUACUGUAUGAGAUAGAAACACUUUUUUAAGAUGGCUAAACUGAAAAUAGACAAACUGAGACUCUUUAUAGUCAGCAGACAGACAAGACUGCUGUGAACUUUUUUUAAAACAUUAUUUUGCUGUUGCUGUGUAGACGGCAGGUUAAAACAUGGAUGGAAAUCUAUGAGAAACAAUGCAGUGUGACGUUUGACUUGUUUUAUUACCUUUUGGUUUAGUAAAGUUUAGAUUUUCUUCUUUUGCAUCACCUGUCAGUGAUUCCCUCUCUGUGUGUUCUUUGAAUGUCUGGUUUACAUGUUAUUAACUGAAACAAACAGUAGAGCUCAUGUUUACAGAUUCCACUCAUAGUUGGAAUAAAAAUUGGCAUAAUGGAGGUGAACUUCUGUCCAGCAGAUGAAACACUGAAAGUGCUCUUUUGAUUUCUCAUUGUAAGUUUGUAUUUUAGGUUGUUUUCUUUUCUUUUUUUUUAAAUCAAAACUCGUGGAUUUUUUUCAUGAGCAGAAUCACAACUUAAAACACAAGUCUGCUGAUAUUCUAUAUUUUCAUUAUUGUCAAUAAAUCACAUAAAAAGACCAAAAUCACAGAUAAGAUGAUUCAACUAACAAUAUACGUCUUCUUCCUCGGUGCCAUCGAGCUCCAUUGUUGUUCAAAAACCAUUAAACACAUUGAUGAUCCACACUGAAUGAGUAUGAACACACGCGCUGUAUUUUCAAGAGCACCAAAUGUGUGUUAAUCAUAAACUUUAUGAAAUAUGGACGUAGUCUCUGGGACGUCCGAGGUUUCUGAGGAGCCGUUGUGAAGCGGUUGGCUCUUCACACAUCCAAACUCAUGCAACUUGGUAUCAGUCCACCGCUGAAAGUAGUCCCCAACAAAU